AUGGUACAUGUCAAGAAGACCUUACUCAAAUUAAACAACCAGUCGCCUGACUCUGUAGUCAAACGGUUGAAUUAUUGGGCUUCAAGGCCUGUCUAUAUGUGGAUACAUCCUCAUACUGGAUCAGUUUAUGCAAAUGAAAUACCACUGCAGAACAUAGCAGACAGGAUGUGGAGCCGGAUUGUCACGGGAUCUCUACCGGACGCCAUUACACUGUGGAUAGAUUUCGGAACAACUACUUUGGGCGAAAAGAAUAUCAUCCAGGGCCUCAAAAGAUUGCUUUACAGCCAAAGUCAGUGUGAUGUCCAGUUCGUUUGCAAAAACGGAGAAGUAGUAGGUGCCCAUACCCUGAUUCUGUCAGCUGGAAGUCCUGUUUUUGCUGCCAUGUUUCAGUCAAAAUCCCUAGAAGCAGGGGUCAAUAAAGUGAAAAUUGAUGACUGUGAAAUGGAUGUGGUCAAGCAGCUUUUGAUUUACUUGUACACAGGUAAUGUUCCUAAUCUUUCAGAUGAUGAAGCAAUCCUCCUGUUCUUCAAACUGUCUGAUAAAUAUGGCAUUGAGACGCUCAAGAACGAAUGCGUUAAAGUAUUGCUUAAGCGAGUAACACUUAGCAACGCCAUCAGUUUGCUGGUUCUCUCCCACGUACAUGCAGUGCCGAAGCUAUUGGAAUCUGUAUUACAAUUUAUGGCCACUAAUGGCUUCGAGAUUUGCUCACAGCAAAAAUGGGUGGAUCUAAUGAAGCAUUAUCCGGAUUUGUGCCUCAUGGCCACGCGACGAAUGACCGCUAAGAAUGAUAAUUAA